GUCCUUUCUGGGAUUCCUUGCCGAAGCCAGCCUGCUGCCGAGUGCGUGGCAGGCAGCUUCGCUGAGCGCUCCCGCCUCCCGGCCGGCCGCGCCAGGCGCCCGCUUCUCCCGGGGAGACGGCAGUACCUUUUCUCCCCGCGCCCGCGCUUUCUCCAGCUCGGCUUCCACGGACUUUGCUCAUCUCCCGGACCGCAUCUGGACGCUCCGGCUCCGGGGCUGCACAAAGCUCAGCGCAACAGCUCUAGCUGGCAGCAUCACCUCCCAGCAGCUUGUCCAACUUCUGCCAAGGCUGUGAAAUGCCAACGAUGUCGAGGCCUGCACUUGAUGUCAAAGGUGGCACCUCACCUGCGAAGGAGGAUGCCAACCAAGAGAUGAACUCUCUGGCCUACGCUGCUAACCUGGGCGUGAAAGAUCGCAAAGCAGUAGCCACUCUGCACUACCCCGGGGUUGCGGCGAAUGGAGCCAAGGCCAAUGGGGCUCCCCCUGGUGCCUCGGGAUCCCCACCUCCAAUGGGUUCUCCUACCACCACCCCUCCCGCUAAACCCCCACCCUUCAACCUGCAACCUACCCCUCACCUGCUGGCUAGUAUGCAGCUGCAGAAGCUUAAUAACCAAUAUCAUGGGGCGGCGGCUGCCACUCCUGACCAACCCGAGGAGGCAGGUUCCCAGGGGCCCCAACAAAACUGGGGCCCGGGGGCUCAGGUGGGAGGGGCGGAGGCUGGUGCCCAGGGUCCUGCUAUCAUUGACUCAGACCCGGUGGAUGAGGAGGUGCUGAUGUCACUGGUGGUGGAACUGGGACUGGACCGGGCCAACGAGCUUCCGGAGCUGUGGCUGGGGCAGAAUGAGUUUGACUUCACUGCAGACUUUCCAUCUGGCUGCUGAUGGCCUCUGUCCCUAAAGGUGGAAGAAUAAAGCCACCGAUUCUGUUGUAAAUAAAAAUAAAAGUUACUUAGGUUAGCAAUGGCAAA